GGCUUGGAUAAGUAAAAGCGUUUAAAAUUUAUCACCACAUAAAGUGACACGUGUCAGAUUUGCAAAAAAUGGCCUGGUCCUUUAUGUGAAAAAUGGCAGGGUCCUGAAGGGGUUAACCCGAAAAUUCAGUGACAAGACAACAUGUAACAUAUACAGAAUGUCAUGCCAAUGAAAUGCCAUCAGUUGUCGUGUCAGUGACUCGUCACCUGGGUCUAGGAAAUAACAGUUAUGGAAGAUGCUUCCUAGACCAGGAGGAUGCAGGGAAUGGGAUGCAUCUGCCACUGGUUAUGUGCAUAGAGCCUGCGGUUUUGUACAAGGUAAUUUGGUUUUAGUGUUCUGUUCCCUCUGCACGUGUCCAGGAAGCAGCAGAGUAGCAGUGAAGCCCAAAAAUGACACCAGGUUACUACCUGGUAGACAUUUUCUAAUACAGCAAUGGUCUUGCCUGAUCACCAGGGCAGGAUUACACGGUUGUAAAGAAGUUUGGAGAUCAUGUGACACCCAGUGAUACAAGAGAACUGAGAAGGACUCAGACCUCGAUCAUGUUGCCAUCAUCUUCAUCUCAGACUCCGAUGCCAGAGGGAACGAAUGACUGGAAGAUCUUAGAACUCACCAACAGGAUCAUUCAUCUUCUCACUGGAGAGGUCUGGAAGUAUUUAGGGCAUUCAUCUCUCCACAGUGACAAUGUAAUGAAGCAGCACCAACAAAUUACACCUCUAGAAUUGCCAGACAGUUUUCAAGCUAAUCAUGUUGCUACAGAGGUUAAAGAAGAAUCCAUGACAUGUAAAGAUGGCAUUGAUGUAGAGAUUAAUGCAGAAAUGUACUCACUGACACAAGACCCCAAUGGCCACAUUGAGGAAGGUGCAAAUACUUGUAAAGAAAAGACUAUCAUGGACAGUGAUGCCUGUGCACCUACAAAGCUCAUGUGCAACCAAGAGGCGCUUAACAUUAAAGAAGAAGUGGUUCCAAUUAUGAGUCAGGCACAGAAUUUACCGAACAGUAUUAACCAAGAAUCUGAUUCAGAUAAAGCCUCUAAAAUGUGUCCAGCUGCAGAUCACACACUACAGUAUUCAUCCCCUCAUAUUAAGGAGGAGUCUGUUUUAUUUCAGGAAAGAAAUGCUGUGGAUAAAGAAUUGUCUACCAUAGCCCACUCUCCACAGUAUCCGUCUGUCCACAUUAAGCAGGAGUUUGUUCCUUGUCAUGAAAUUGACUCCACAGACACGGACACCUUUACACAAAUAGAUUAUCUGAUACCUUACACUGAUGAAUGUAGUGGAGAAGACAGCGAUUCACCAAGAGCAGAUGGCAGUUCCUCAGCUGCAGCCAUGGAAAAUGAUGGACGAUUUUAUAAAAAGUCCUUCCCCAGAUCUGAGCAAUCAAAAAAUACCACCGAGAAAAGUUACAAAUGCUCGGAGUGUCAAAAAUGUUUCACAAGAAAUGCAGAUUUGGUAAAACACCAAAGGGUUCAUGUACAGUCGCAGUCAAUUAUAUGUUCAGACUGUGGAAAAACCUUUGCCAAAAAUUCCAUGUAUGUAAGGCACCAGAGGAUUCACACGGGGGAGAAGCCAUUCUCUUGUUCAGAAUGUGGGAAGAGUUUCUCCGUCAGUGCCCACCUUAUCACGCAUCAGCGAAUUCACACCGGGGAGAAGCCUUUUGCAUGUUCUGACUGUGGGAGGUCGUUUAACCAGAAGGCUUCCCUCAUCAAGCAUCGCAGGACUCACACGGGAGAGAAACCAUUUGUUUGCGCCGACUGUGGCAAAUGUUUCACAAGUAGCACAAACCUCACGCUGCACCAGCGCGUUCACACCGGGGAAAAACCUUAUUCUUGCUCCGUGUGUGGCAAAUGUUUUAGAAGUAGCCCCAAUCUUAUUUCCCACCAGAGGAUCCACACCGGGGAGAAACCAUACUCAUGUUCAGAAUGUGGCAAGUUUUUUACUAAUAGCUCGGUACUGGUUAGACAUCAUAGGACACACACAGGAGAGAAGCCGUUUUUAUGUUCUGAGUGCGGGAAGUCUUUUACCCGAAACUCACAACUUAUAAAACAUCAGAUGAUCCAUGCUGGACAGAGGCCCUAUUCUAUCACCUAGAAUGUAGGAUAUAGAGGGGAACACAGGAGUAAUUCAAACAAAGACUUGUCCAUAGAGUUUACACAGUUGUAUGCUAAAAUAGUUUAGUUAGUAUUAACAUUGUCUUAACGUCACUUCUCUUCUGUAUGUGCAUUAAAGAAAAUUUGCAGAU